UGGCAACAUCUUAUACUAGCUGCCAUAGCCAAUAUUCAUUUAGCUUGCUUGAAUCGUCAAUCGAGUUGAUUGUAAAAAACAUUUAGAGCUAAAUUCUAAAAUGAUUUACUAAUCAUUAAUACUAGAGUUUGUAUUAUUAUUACUAGAAGAUAGAAAUAGUUUCCUAAACCAAUGAUUUACUUGAAUCGUUACAUUUUGUAAUUUUUUGUUGGUGAAUAGAACAUGGAGGUUUCCAACAACACAGACGCCGUCAACCUUGGCGUUGGCGAAGUAGAGGCAGAAAUAGGUGAAGAAUUGAAACAGUUAGAAGAAGGAAAAGAUUUUGACACACGCAGUGAAGUUACUAGUUCGUCGUCAACGGAAUCGAGCACACCUAGCAUAAGUUCUGGCAGUUCUAAAUCUAAAGAAAGACGGGCUAAUCGGAAACGCGUAAAAUCUGAAAGCCAUUCGCCUAUACAAAACAAACGAAGAUGUUUAACAAGCACUAGUCACAGAGUCAAAACUUAUGACUAUAUGACAAAGUUAAAUUAUUUGUUCAGAGAUACACGUUUUUUCUUGAUAAAGUCAAAUAAUGCAGAAAAUGUCACGUUGUCCAAAGCGAAAGGAGUUUGGUCAACUCUACCACAAAAUGAGGCAAAUUUGAACCAAGCUUAUAGAGAAUCACGGAAUGUAUUGUUGAUAUUUUCAGUAAAAGAAAGUGGGAAAUUUGCAGGAUUUGCUCGAUUAGGCAGCGAAUCCCGAAGGGAUGUGACACCGGUUUCUUGGGUUCUGCCACCAGGUCUCUCAGCUAAAGUUCUGGAUGGAGUUUUUAAAGUUGAUUGGAUAUGCAGAAAGGAAUUGCCUUUCAGCAGUACAUUGCAUUUGUAUAAUCCAUGGAAUGAAGGUAAACCAGUUAAAAUUGGCAGAGAUGGCCAAGAAAUAGAGCCUAAAGUUGCAGAAGAGCUUUGUAGAUUGUUCCCUGAAGAUGAAGGUAUUGAAAUGACUCCUAUAUUGCGGAAAUCUAAAGAAGCAUCUAAAAAAGGAUAUUUGAAGAGUGGUGGUAGUUUUAGAACUUAUCGUGCACCAUUGUCUUCAAGAGGGUCAAACUUCAGAAACCGUUUAAGCACAUCAUCAAGAAGCAGACGCAAAAUAUUCUCGUCACCCAGAAGUCGAUUGUCAUCAAGUUCAUAUAAAAGAAGAUCCCCAUCACCCUAUAUGCGUGAUCGGCUAUCAUCAUGGUUUGGUCGCAGCCGUGAUGGGUACAACAGCACUACCUCAGCAGCAGAAGCUUAUGUAGCUGAAUACAUGAGGUCCAUGCACCAUCAAUUACCACCAUUGUCUUACGUGCCUCCGCCUGGGUUCAGUGCAGCACUCUCACCUUAUGAUGGGAUUCCACCUCCACCUCCACCACCUCCUCCGCGAUAUUAUGAUAUAGCAGAUUAUUCACGUUCAGUGAUAGUGUACGAUAAAAGGUCAUAUGAACGUUCGGUUGAUGAGUUUUUGUGGCGUACGACUGAAAGGUCUCAUGGUCGUAGUCGUGAGCGCGAGGCUUACAGAUCGUAUCGUGACCGGCGAUAAAGCCAUAUUGACCACCGAUGUAAUGAUUUAUUUUUUAAUCAAUAAAAAAGUUGUGUAUGAACUGAGAACUUUAUUCAAUGCAAAUCUUAUAGUGCUGUGAUGAACUGUAUAAAUGUUGGAUUGGUGAAUAAUUAUUACUUAUGGACAAUGAUCUUUUAGUGUAAUAGGCCAAGAAAUGGACAUUUUGGCAAAACGUCUAUUGAUAUCAAGACCAUCUGAAGAAUGUUCACCAAGUUAUAAUAUGAACAUAUUUUUUACAGGGUACAACAUGAAUAUGAUCUUAAAGACUAUGCUGAUAGGUAUUAUGACAUGUGUAAACAACCAAAUGAAUUAUUUAUUGUAUUUUAGAACUACAUAAUUAAUAUAUUUUCAUUUAAUUUUUAAAAACAAUUGGUAAAAUAACUACACAGGUACUGUAAAUCAUAUAAAGUUAGACAACCUAAGGUUGUGUAGUCAUCUGUGAUACUAUGAUGUAACUUAUUAUUAUUAUCAAUUAUUAUAUUACAUAAGAGCGCAAAGGCUACAAAUUAUAUAUUUUUGUGUA